UCAAUUCUCUGUUAGUAUCACAUUAGUAAACAGCUGACUGUCUUGUUUUGUUAUUGUUUUGAGAUAGUUUUAAACAUAACGAAAUUGUUCUUAAUAUCAAAAUUGAUUUACGUGAUUAAAGGUUCUCGUUUUGUUAUGUUAUUGUUAGAAAAAAUAUUUGAACUUUUUUCUGGCAGAGCAUUUUUGUAACGGAAAGAUGCUAUGGAAUAGGUUCGUGGUUGGUCUCAGAUCUCAUAUCUUGAUACAAAUGUGGCAUCCUAUUUAUAACUACGGCUGCCUGAGGUGUAUUAGUACUGAAUUGGCCUCAGCCCUAAGACCGUUUUAUUUUGCUGUUCACCCAGACCUGUUCGGUCAACAUCCUAAACAACGUACCGUUAAUGAGGAUUCAUUGAAACAGCUCAAUGCUCACAUAGAAAUAUUAUAUGAAGGAAAAUAUAACGCUUUACGAGAGGCAAAAACGUUAAAGUUUUACAUACGCGUGGAGAAUGCUGAGAAUCGUGAUACCUUUAAAUUGAUAACAAUAACAUUGGACAAUCGUUUAAGAGAUCCGAAAGUGAUUGUACAAAAAUUAUUAGAGCUAUGCAGUCUUCCUACAGAUUAUGUAAAAAGAAUAAAAGACUCUGCUGGAUUCUCAGCAACGACAACUGAAUUUAAACCUGGUAGAGAUUAUAAUUAUGGUCCAGCGUUUAUGGACUUUGAAGUACACUUUCGUGAGGCUAAAGUCGAAAAAGAAACAACACUCGAGAAAUGGAUAGGGGAGAAUGCAAUGCUGGCAAAAGGACGUGCCGAAGAUUUAAUACCACUAAUAGAAGAAGUGGAAAAGCUUAGACUAGAGCUUAUUGAACGUUUCGGUUUGAAAGAUGCUCGCUUUGAUUGCGGCUGGAAUUUCGAACAUUUCCGUGGUUGCUUAAAAACACUUGAACGCCUCGAAAAAAUGCAUGCAAAGCACAUGAAAAACUUGCGCGGCCGUAUUGUGGUGUUUGCUCCAUUUACUGGCAUCAGUCUUGAGGGUCAUGUAAUGCUCUACACGGGUGACGUACUAAAUAAUUGGAUCGAAUUUAUUAAAAACAUUCCUAUACAUGAUGCUUUCGUGAAACAAAUACCUGUAUAUGAAAAUACAUUGUCACAAGUGUUGAGGAAAAUAAAAAUUGGACGCCGUAAAUUUAUGCCCAAGCAGCAAGCCAGAGAGUAUGCUAGUCACCUUAUCAAAGUUACAACCACAAUAGGCGAUUACUUAGGUCGUAACAAAUUUCCCAAAAGUUGGCCGGCAUCUUUGAGUGGUUAUGAAAUUGUGGUAGAAUCAGAGGCAGGACCACUUAUGGUCAGUCCGACGGGACAAUUAAUUGUACCAGCUGCUUGCCCCGGUUUCAUGCUAGUCGAUUUUAUUACUAACAACCUAGACACAGCCGAAGAGUUAAUGAAAAAGUAUGCAUACGAAAAGCACAUAGAACGUGAACUAACGCAACAAUGUAUAGAACAACUGAAAUUAAAAAAUUUAACCAAAGAGGAUCUUAUAACACCAGAUAAAAUGAUAAAAACUCUGACCGCGUUAUUAAGAUACAAAAGUGCACAAUUCGAGGGACUUAAUUUAAAUAUAAGUAAUUAUUAUUCGGUAUUGACCGACGGUGUUGUUUGCAUACCAUGGGAUUUCAAUACUCGAUAGCAAAAUAAUUAGCAGAACUAAAAGGUAUUUUGAUUUCACUUUUACUCAAAAACAAUGUGUGAUUAUUUUUUCCUCGAUUCUUAAUAUAGUUGACAAUUAGUUUUUCCUAUUUUUUACAACGUUUCAUAGUAAGCCCAAUACACUCAUCUCUUCUUUAAUAGCACCUUUACAUAUAUUUUAAAUAGAUUAUUUAAAAAUUUGCAAUGAAAUAUUUUUCGAAUUCCAAUAAAUAUGUCUUUCGGUUAAUAUGAGAUGAAUGAAAUGGACCAAUUAGUACCUGUUUGUAUGUCAGGAAGGCCGUUAAGAUGUUUUUUCCUCUUUCUCAAAGAGGCACGUGCUGAAUAGAAUUGUGUGAGCGUAGAAUUUAUAAAGGUUUCAAAUAUAAACAAUAUUUAUUUCUUGUGAAUUUUUUCGUAUUCAUCUGCGCAAUACAGUCAAGAUUAUGAAAUGCUCGUAGUGCAUAGAAAUAUGCAUCACCGUUCACACGAGUGAUAUCUAUAUGCGAUCAGUAUGAAUAGCAUAAAUGCGUGGGGCUUAGUUUUCAUAACUUUGUUUAGCACACGGAAUGUUGUUGUCAUCUUUGUAUGAUAAAGUUUGAAAAUCGUCUUAAUUGUUCCCUAUAUGCAUUCGGAUUGAUUUGAAAAUUCUAAAUAAUAUCAAAAUUGUUCUUUUAUUUUUUUCUUCUCUCUCACUCUCUCUCCCACUCUCUCUGUUUUUCUCUGUUACGUAUUAUAUACAAUGCGCCUAUUAUUAGUAAAAUUCUUAUGUAACAAUUACGUAAGAAGAUGAUGAGACUUACAACUGUUCCGUUUUCGACAUAAAAACCAGAAAUAUAAUAAAUAGCCGAAAACAGAUAUAUCUUAUAUCUUCAUCUUGCUGUUCAUAAUUAAGUGUUAAUCUCAAUCUUAGUUAAAUACGACGAACAAAUAAAAAUAAUUAAAUAUUUUAAAAAUUGAAAAUUUAUAAAAUUUUUAUCUUAAUUCAAAUGAUAAAAUCUAAUUAAAAAAAAGGUCAAUUAGAACGUACAGUGGAUUUUUAUAAGUAGCAAUGGAUUUUACGAGUGUAUAUAGGGCGUUCAAAUAAAUACGUGCGCUUUUUCGAAAGCGCAAAAAGAAUUAAUCGCUGAUUUUAAGAGAAUGGUAAAAGAUAGAUAUUUUUACCACUAUUUUUACCAUCUUUCUGAAAAAUGAUGAAUUUUCCCGCCGAAAAUACUUGUGAUCUUUUCAGGUUGUUCAACAUCGCAAGCAUCGCUAGAAGAAUGGGGCCGCUGUAUAAACAAAGAAUAACUCAUCGAUGGAAAGCAAUGUUUAUCGAAAGAGGUAAUGUUUAAUGAAGCAUCGUGAAGGGAAACAUAUUCCAGUGCUGCCAACUUUUUCUGGUCGCCUUUUGCUAUAUGCCAUCCAUGUCAAUAUGCUGAAGGAUGAGGACACAAUAAGUUUUGGGCUAUUGCGCUAGUUAUUGCUAAUAUUCUCUGGCGAUGAUUUCCUUUGAUUACUAUUGCAUCCUAUAAUGUGAUCAUCUCACCUACAUCUUACAUAAUGUAAUGUGAUCAAUCACCUUAGCUCUCCCGAAUGGUGUCGUCAUGGUUAUCCGACUGCAUCGUGGUUUUUUGCAAUUUGAGAUAUUUCAUUAUCUACGACACAAUUUAGCAGUGCUUUCGUUCGCAUAGAAUACGAGAAGUAACGGUUGCCGCUUUAAGCCCCCUUCUGCAUAGGAUUCGAUUUAUUGAAAGUUCAUUAAAACUAUGUUGUAUGCAUUCCAGCGGACGAAGUGUGUUGUUUAAUGUGUUAUGUAUAAGGAGAAUUCAUAAUCAUGCCCACAGAUAAAGCAACGUCAUCUGUUACAAAAAUUGAUAAGAAAACUUAUUUGAACACCUAAUAUGCCGCCUAUUAAUUAUCGCUUAAUCGACAAGUUCGCUCCAUAGCACGAGACUUGUUCUACCCACAUUGAAAGCAGUUUGAAACGAAGUCUGUCUAAAUGUACGACGUAACGCAGAUUUGAUUUAUUUACUU